AUGAGGUGGACCCCACCGAAACAUGUCCUCUUCAAGUCGCCGCGUGCGGUGCUUCCACUCCACCCAAACCCCUCGAGCGAGGUGGCACAGGCCGAAUGGACGGCAGUUCUUCACUUCUCCGCCCGUUUGCCGCGGAAGAUCACACGAAAGGUACGGACGAUCAAAAGAAGGGUCCCCAAAGGCACGAUCGCAGCCCGGAAGGCUUCGGCGGAGGCGGCUUUGGCUGCCGCUGGAGCGUUACAGCCUGGGAAGGGACACGCUCCGGACAAUUCCUCUCGAAAUGCUGCCACGGUGGAUGAAGUGGUGCAGAAGGAGCAGAGUUUUGGGGGAAACACAAUUGAAAAACCGGCCACUGCUGUGUGUGAAACACUACUGGGUAAGGGGGCGGCUGUGUGUGAAACACUAUUGGGUAAGGGGACGGUGCGGGGAGGAACACUAGCCAGUGGGCCGGCAACGGAUAUUGGUGGUGAGCAUGAGGUGAAGAAAUUGGGGAGCAGGGGUGAGGAUAGGGCUGAGGUGGUAAUGUCGGAGCGGCAGAGGAGGAGGAUGACGGAGGUGUUUGUCGGUGGGCUCAGUAGGGACACAAAGGAGGAGGACGUGAGGGCAGCGCUUUCAGUGGCGGGGGAUAUCACGGAAGUUCGCAUGAUCUUGGAUGCAACGACGAAGAAGAACAAAGGCUACUGCUUUGUGCGCUACUGUGAGUCUGCGCAGGCAAGGAAGGCCAUUGCAAAGUUCAGCAACGUUAAGAUUUGUGGAAAGCACUGUCGAGUAGCAGCUCUGGGUGGGAAUGAUAAAAUCUUUCUUGGGAACCUUGAUAAGAAAUGGAAGAAAGACGAUAUCAUGAAACUACUACAGAAAAUUGGAGUUGAGAACAUUGAUGUCGUUACCCUUCCGGCUGACUCUAACAAUCCAGGCUAUAAUCGUGGAUUUGCAUUUCUUGAACUGGAGACUUAUAAAGAUGCACAGAUUGCAUACAAAAAGCUUUCAAGGAAAGAUGUUUUUGGCAAGGGUUUACAUAUAAGAGUUGCAUGGGCCGAACCAUUGAAUGGUCCAGAUGAAAAACAGAUCCACAAGGUUAAUAUUAGAGUCACUCUUGCUCAAUCUAUCCAAAAGGGCAAGAAGAUUAUGGAAGAUCAUAAAUUUUGUCUUAGUGAGAAAGAUAAAACAAAGACUGUUCAAAGUGAAAGAAUACUUGGGCCGUCUUCACUGCAUAUAUUGCAUUCCAGUUCCAGGGCGAUUCCACCCACAGGGGAUAAGAAGUCAUCAACAGAUCAUGGCUUGGUUCAGGGGAUUGAUUCUUAUUACAUGGGCCGCAACCCUCACGCAGGACAUGAGAGGAAUACCUAUGCUACGUCAACUUCAAGCUACAGUGCAUCCCCCCCUGCCAUCACCGAGUAUUCUCCUCCAUAUCAUCAUGAAAGCAGGAGAUAUCGACUAGAUUCAGAUUCUGUACUAUCAGAAGAACCAUGGGGUGGGAUUCAGGCCAUAGGGUGGUCGGUGGACCACCCAGACCACCCACUGGAUCCGCCACUGGCUAAGAAGCUUGUUGCGGAGUUCGGCAAAUUGAAGAUCUGUUGGAAGCUUUGUCAAGUUGAAGCCCUGGAUGGGAAUGAUAAAAUUGUUCUUGAAAAUAUUGACAAGAAAUGGAAGAAAGAAGAUAUCAUGAAGCUACGACACAAAAGUGGAGUUGAGAACAUUGAUACAGUAACACUAAUGGCUGACUGA